UCCCCCAACUUUUCCCUCCUCCCCCAUCCCCCCCUCAUGGAUGGAAAGAAACACCCUCCAUUAACUCCAUCAGUCACACUCUCUUUCUCUCUGUCUCUCUUUAUGUCAUAAUGCAAGACUUCUUUAGGAGAUCAUUAGCAUUCCGUACACCCCCUCAAGAUCAUCAAGAUCCUGAUAAUCCCAAUCAAGAAAGUAAUUACUGCAGUUCAAUUAAUCCAUUAACUUCAACAUUAGUUGACAAGUUCAAUUCUUGCGUUCGUAAAUCAAGGAUCUUUAGCAAAUCCACUUCAUCAUCUUCACCUCCAAUGCCUCCUCCGAUCCGGUACCGUAAAGGGGAGUUGAUUGGUUGUGGUGCAUUUGGGCAUGUUUAUAUGGGCAUGAACUUUGAUUCCGGAGAGCUUUUAGCAAUAAAGCAGGUUUCUAUUGCAGCUAAUGGAGCUACAAGAGAGAAAGCUCAGGCUCACAUCAGAGAGCUUGAGGAAGAAGUGAGGCUUCUACAGAAUCUCUCCCAUCCCAACAUUGUUAGAUAUUUGGGUGUAGUUCAGGAGGAGGAAACCAUAAAUAUUCUGCUUGAAUUUGUCCCAGGCGGAUCAAUAUCAUCUCUUUUGGGGAAAUUUGGACCCUUCCCUGAGCCAGUUAUAAGAACCUACACCAAGCAAUUAUUGCUGGGGUUGGAGUAUUUACACAACAAUGGAAUUAUGCACAGGGACAUUAAGGGGGCAAACAUUCUUGUAGAUAAUAAAGGAUGCAUCAAACUUGCAGAUUUUGGUGCAUCAAAACAGGUCGUGGAGUUGGCUACUGUUUCAGGGGCCAAAUCUAUGAAGGGCACACCAUACUGGAUGGCUCCUGAAGUCAUUCUGCAGACGGGACAUAGCUUCUCUGCUGAUAUAUGGAGUGUUGGAUGCACAGUCAUUGAGAUGGCCACUGGAAAGCCUCCUUGGAGCCAACAAUAUCAAGAGGUUGCGGCACUCUUUUAUAUAGGGUCGACAAAGUCUCAUCCAGAAAUCCCCAAUCAUCUCAUUCCAGAGGCCAAAGAUUUUCUGCUCAAGUGCUUGCACAAGGAACCAGAUAUGAGGCCAGAGGCAUCUAAAUUGCUGCAGCAUCCAUUUGUUACUGGGGAGAUUGGCAUAUCUGAUCAUGUUAUGGUCGGUAUAGAACUUUCUGGAAUUCCUUUGCAGUCAUAUACCACUCACCCUGAAACCAUUCAAAUGCCAUCUGCCUAUGACACAAUGGAUGUCUGUAAUUCGGGUAGUCUGAACUGCUCAAUGGAUCCUGAGAAACUGUCUGAAAGUAAGGGUGCAUUGGAAACACAAAACAGUGAUGACGACAUGUGUCAGAUUGACAAUGAUUUUUCUGUAAGUGAAGUAAAGCUCGGUCCUCUGUUGACUUCUAAUGACUUCAAUAAGAGUUCUGAUCCCAAAUGUGAGCUCUCUGGAGAUUGGAGGUGCAAAUAUGAUGAGAAUCCAAAACUAGAACAAGCAGGCAAAAAAUCAGACGCCGGUCAACCAGUUCAGGGGGGCAAAAAUGCUUCAUCUUACUGUGGGGCAUCGCUUUCUGAGGAUAAUGAUGCACUUACUGAGUCAAAAAUUAGAGCUUUUCUUGCUGAAAAGGCUUUGGAACUGAGGAAACUGCAAACACCUUUAUAUGAAGAGUUCUACAACAAUUUGAAUGCGCCAAGCUCUCCAAGUUUUGGUGGAAGUUCACGUGAUGAAACUCCUCCAAAUUACUUGAAAUUACCUCCUAAAAGCAGGUCACCCAGUCAAGUCCCUGUUGGAAGCCCAUCUACAUCAACUGAUGCUGUUAGCACCAGAAGUCCUGGGAGCAAUAAACGUGCAUCUAAUGUUGGCAAUGCAAGCGAUCAAGCUUCCGAGGACAAUUCACCCCCUUGGAGCAAUGAUCGGAAAGGGCUUCCACUUGAUGAUCAACCAGAAACAGUUUAUCCAAGUGUGAGACAAAGGAAGUGGAAAGAAGAGCUUGACCAAGAGCUCGAGAGCAAGAGAGAGAUGAUACGCCAUGCAGGCUCAGGAAGUAAAACAUCAUCUCCAAGGGAUCGAGCAUCAGGUCGGCAGCGAGAGCGGACAAGAUUUGCAUCUCCAGGCAAAUGAAUGCAAGGCUUGGAGUGUCAUCAGGAUUGGUAAGAAUGUGGCCCAGUGUGGAUGGUUUGCCCGAUAUGUGUGGAUAUUGCAGCAAUUUUCUCAUUGUUCAGCCUGAAUGGCGUUUGUUAUGUUGUACCGUAUAGAAAAAGGAGCGGAAGUGUUAUCAUAUUUGUUUCUCCUAGUUUUUGAGGAGGGGUGGAGAGAAUUAUACAUGUCUCUCAGGUUUGUAACAUCAAUGUACAAAAAAUCAUACUGAGUAUUCAUAAGCGUCUGAAAUUUUUGUCCACAUUCUUCUA